AUAAUUUUUAUAAGAUUAAUAUUUAUUAUAAUAAUUUUAUUUAUUUCAAUAAUUUUAAUUUUUAUUAAUUAUUUAUUAUCAAAAAAAGAAAAUCAAGAUCGUGAAAAAAUUUCUUCAUUUGAGUGUGGAUUUGAUGUUUUAAGGUCUUCACGUUUACCUUUUUCUAUUCAUUUUUUUAUAAUUGCUAUCUUAUUUUUAGUAUUUGAUGUAGAAGUUGUUUUUUUAAUUCCUUUAAUUAAUUCUUUUAUUUAUUUAAAUUUAUUUGAAUGAAUUUAUAUGAGAUUAAUUAUUUUAUUAAUUUUAUAUUGAGGUUUAGAAUUUGAAAAAUUUGAAGGAUCUUUAAAAUGAGUUCUUUAG